CUGUCCGACACUGAGAGACUGGAGACCUGUAGAGAGAGCGCACGGUGACUUAUAUACCGAGUAAAUUUGGGAACUCUGAACGCAGUUUCCUCCGCUCACACAAUUGGUCCAGGAGAAGUAUUUAUUAGGUAGGAGGCGCUCCUGCCAGACACACUUUGUUCAUGACUUUGGAAGUUCACUCGAGGGAAAAGCGCAGCGCAGUUUGACAUCUGUCCACGAGCAAGUGCAACAGUACAGAAGAUAAUCACAACUCGAUACGCGUCUCGGAAAUGGCUUUACAUUGCCUUUUGCCUUCGAUUUCAACGUUUGCAAACCAGAAGGAGAAACUCUGGGAGGAUAGGUGGAAAUGUGAGGAGGACAAACCACUGAGCGGCUGCUCUCUGCUCAACGUGGCACAGAAUAUGGACACUUGUCGUGGCCGCAAGGAUGAGGAGGAUCUGAGUAAUUAUUUGGACCUGGAGUUUAUCCUGGCCAACACAACGGGACCCCUAGAGGCGGGAGCCGAGUUCGUCUCGCACGCGGAGCCCUGCGGCAUGUACUCGACGGGAGCGUAUGUUCCUCCGGAGCAAUGCAGCGCUCCUCCUCCGCCGUACUCCAACAGCCUCAUGGCCGAGCUUCUGAGAUCCGACAUGGACAGCUGCUACGACGGCGCCAUUCAGGGAAGAUUCAUCGUCAACUCGUUCCCUAGACAGGACUUUGUUGAUAUCAAAGUGGAGCCACCAAUGGACGGUUACGGGCCGGUGAUGGGCAUGGUGCCGCAGAGCUGCCAAAAAAUCAAACAAGAGGGCAACGUUUCAUGCAUGAUGUCUUUCGAGCAACCCAGACUGGCUGUUUCUCCACAGGCGACUGGGAAUAUGACGCCUCCGUUGAGUCCGGAUAACUCCCAUCUGCACCCGUCUGCAUUUCCGCAGGCUUUCCAUCACUCGCCUCCGGCUUACACUCAAAUGCAGAUCCCGUACACGACACAGCACCAGUUCGGCAUGUUCGAGGACACCAUGGGCAUGCAACCCAACAUGCAAAGAGCUCUUCUGACUCCUCCGUCCUCCCCGAUGGAUCUAAUAGAGUCCAAACCCAAGCGGGGACGACGCACCUGGCCGAGGAAGCGCACGGCGACACACACCUGCACCUACGCCGGCUGCGGCAAGACGUACACCAAGAGCUCGCAUUUGAAGGCGCAUCACCGAACCCACACCGGUGAGAAACCGUACCACUGCAACUGGGAGGGAUGCGGAUGGAAAUUCGCCCGCUCCGACGAGCUGACGCGUCAUUUCCGCAAACACACGGGGAUCCGGCCGUUCCAGUGUCACCUGUGUGAGCGUGCAUUCUCCCGCUCCGACCACCUGGCACUGCACAUGAAGAGACACCUGUGAAGCCUGGAUCCACAACCACACAACUGCCUUAUUUAAUGACUUAAAACAUAAAGAAAUACAUCAUCAUACACUCUUAAAAAUAAAGGUUCCAAAAGGAAUUUUCGGAACCUUUCAGUGAUCAGUUCUUAAAAGAAAGAAGAACUUUUUCCACUAUAUAUAGAACCUUGGAAAGGUUCCAUUGAUGUAGAAGGUUCUUUAUUGAAUCGUCGAUGCCAAAAAAAAAAAAGAACCUUUAUUUUUACGAGUGUACUUUUUUAAAACAAGUAGCUGGUACUACAUAGAUUAAGCAGAGCUCUUUUAAAUGCCUUUUUUGGGGUAAAAAGCAUCCUGAAGGGCUGGUCCUAUGAAUCUGUGUCCGAUCGGGAGACAGCUUGUAUGUUUAACGGUUUCUUUCCGAAGCAACGAAAAAGUGCAAAGCCUGAUGACUAGCAAACCUCCAGUUUUCUAAUGUAAAUUGUAAAAUGCACAACGACAAUGUUUUGCUCCUGAAACUGCCUUGCUACUAUGCAACAAACAGAGCUGUGGGUUCAAAUGUGUUUGCAUUUCUUUUUAAACGUAUUGUUUCUCGUUGCACCGUAUGCUCUAGGGCUUGAGGUCCUGGGGUUUUAUAAGAUUGUGUACAUGCAUUUUAUAUUGUAAGUACUGUAUUUAUUGUAAAUAUUAAACUAAAUUUGAAUAUA